AUUUUAUUUUUGUACUGCAGUACACAAAGGAUGGGGCCCAAGCAAUGAUCACUUUUUGAUUGGUGGGAAUUCAUUACCUAUGAAGAAAUUAUCUGCCAAGACUGAAGUCACUGCCAGAAAAAGCAGCCAACAAAAACAAUCGGAUUUGGAAGUUUUGAGAAAUAUCUCCACUUAUAAGAAUUCUGUUGCAUUAUUAGCAGCAAAAAGCACUUCAAAAGCCAAGCAAAUUGCAAGAAAAAGAAGAAAAUUGAAGCGUCUGAAAGUGGGCAUUCAUAAGAUGCCCAGAAAGUUAGUAAAGAUGGUGACCAAGAAGAAUUCAAAAUGUCAAAAAAUAUCAAAAGAUGCCAAUGUGAAAUUCACUAAUGCUGCGAAUGUUUCUCCUUUAAAAUGUGAAAUUAAGUUUGAGCCUAGUGGCAGCACUAAGCCCACUGUUAGUUUCUAUCAAUCCACAAAGCAUGAAGAAGCUAUGGAAAAAUCACCUCUGAAGAAGCCAAUGAAGUCUUCAGAAUGUUUGAAACCAUCAAUUAGCCCUCAGUUGUUUAAUGACAUUGGCCAAACAAGAGACAAGUCUGUGUCCUAUCUCUCUCGUCAAACUCUAGCUAAGUCAACUCAUUCAGAAUUGGAUCGGGUGGAGAAAUCCAGAAACUUUGCAGAGACUGAAAUUCCAAAAGUUGGAGUUGCUCGCCAAAAUGGUGAGCAACUCAAAGUUGUUUUGAAGAAGCUUGAUAUGAACAAAGUAUUGAAUAAGUCAGCCUCAGCUAAGGUUCUUCAUUUAGACAUGAAAACGGUUGAAAUGGGGACAAAGACUAUUGGCUAUUAUGUUCAGGAUAAAAAAAAUAAUUUGGUAAAUGAGGAAAAGAAAACGUUGAGCUUUUACACAAAGUUUAAUGAGAACGCUGGUAAAUCUAGUUCAACUUCAUCAACAUUGUCUCUUCGUGUGUUCAGAAAUGAAAUAAAAUACUCAAGCCUUGAGACCACAGCUGCAGUUGUUGAAAGUGGGCAGCUUGUUAACUCUAAGGAAGAAGCAGCUGGUGAUCUGAUGAAGCAUACAUGUGAAAGUAAACCUUCCUCUUGUAAAACACAACAAAACUUAGCUAUUACUGAGAAAAUUGUGCUGAAGGCCCCCCAAAUUGUCCAGAAGGAUGAUGCUGGAAAUGAAAAUAACCGUGAAGCAGCUCUGUACUCUGGUAUGGUUCAAUCGGGUUCUUGCCCCCAGAAUACUGUCUCUGAGAAUGUUGUGGAGGUAUCUGCAGGAGAAGAAACUAAUGCAUUUGAUAAAAAAGUUGAUAACAAGCUUUGUCAAAUGAAAAAAUUUGCAUGUGAAAAGCCUCCUGUUGAGAAUGAUUACAUUUCCAAAAACUGCACUUCAAAUGGUCAUAUAAUAAAACUUGUUCAAAAAACAAUCACAAAAAUUGUUCCAAGUGCAAGGGAAGGAAAGACUAGCAUCAAGGAAAAUUCUGAAGACCACAAUACUGAUGAAGCUGAUCUCAAUGUCUUGAAUUGUAUUGUCAUAAAAAAAGAAAUGAAACCCAUGAAAAUAAAUAACUCUCAGGAAAUAAAUUCAAAGGCCAAACUCUGCACUAGCUCUGAAGUGGCCAAUGCGGACACUGCCUUGCCACUUUUUGCCUCUGCACCCAGCCCCAGCCGUCCUGCCCUGGAGUGUACGACUCACAACUCUUCUCAUGGCAACGAGAAUGCUGGUGCAAGCAGUGACUCCUCUUGUCAUGGUUUUAGUAAUCAUGAUGAUUCUUCAAGUGAUGAUGGAGAUUCAAGUCGCAAUGAAGAGAACAGCUUGUCAGCUCUACAUGUUGCCCGUCGUCACAGAUUUAUCAAACGUUACAAUAAACAGCGUCUGCAGGGGCUAUCCGGCUCCUUCUUUCCUUAUGAAAAAUUCAAGCAACGUUCUUAUGUCUAUGAAAGCUUGCACACGAAGGACAAAAAAAUUCCUGUGAGUCUAAAAAAAUCUUCGAACACCUUUAACAAAACUAACUCUGAAAAGAAGAAAUAUAUUCUCUCCAUAAAAAAUGAAGUAUCUACUCCCAGUUCCAGUUCAUGCAGCAGCUCAGAGGAUGAAGACUCCGUCUGCCCUGCCCUUAUGUUGGAGCUGUUGAUGGAGGAUAUACCUGAUGCAGUGCCUCCACGCUCAUUCUUUGUUGGGACGGAAGAUCAAAAUGUUGCUAUUGCUGGAACAAACCAUUGUGAAUUCUCAUCAGCAUCUCAUGUUUCUAUUGAAAAGUCUUUGUCAGGCAGUCUGGCUGUGGACAAACAUGGCGUGUGUAAUAGAGAUGCAAAAUCCGAGUCACAAAAUGCUGAGAUUUUUUCUGGAGACUUGGAGAUGGAAGACAAGAGUUCUGUGAGUGGUGAUGUAGCCAAGAGGCCGGCAUCGCCAUGUCGACAGGAGAAAACAAUGGCACUUGAAUGUGGCAACUUUUGCGAGUUGAAAAGCUCCCAAAGCACCAGUUCGUCAUCAGGAGCUACUCUCAUGCACAAGGUUGUGGAGGAUAACUCUGACUGUGGGAUUACAUUGGGCACAAUUGUGACUCCUGUUAAGGAAAUUUCUGUACGCGAUUGCUCAUUUUCUGCUGGCACAUUGAAACGAAAAGAGAUUAUGACAACUCACAAAACUCCAGUAAAUGCUCUGCCAUUCAAUGAGCCAUUUGGAAAAUGGCAGUUUGGAAGUCACUUGUUUGCGUUUGGCCAAAAAUAUGAACAAAACGCGAAAAAAGCUCGCUUUUCUUUUGGUGAAACUUCAAUCCAUAUGGAUAUUACUAACCAGGGUCAUGUUUCAACGCGGAAUUUGAAUACAUCUCCGUCUCCAGCUAAGGAGGCAACUGACCAGCUGUCUUCAACUUUACCUGAAACUAAAGUGGAUUCUUGUGCUGGGGCGCUGAACAUGAAUGCACCAGCAACUGUAUUGCAUCCACCAGCCAAAGUUUCCAAUGCUUGGGACUCAGUCAGGGCAACAGGCUGUGAAAGUAACGUCCGUUCUGAGCGUGGUGCUCACCCAAACACUUCAUCCUCAGCUGUGAGCGGUCACGCUCACAACAUUACUUGUCCAGAAGACGGUCAUGUGCGUGAUAGGUUGAACACGGCAGCUAAUUCUGUGAAUGAUGGUACCUCACAAUCUUCUAUACCAAUGGAAGAAUUUGGAGCAACUAAGGCGUUCAACGAUUUCAUUCCCGAGCAAACUGCCACGGACGGCGUGCUGACAAACAGACAAGAUUUAUCUUCCAGUGACGUGAUGGUCUCAGAAACACCAAGGUCAACAAUUUACGCUCAACUUACAGAUGCGGCAGUGGUGCGGCUGCGGCGACAGGCAGCAGUCGAGCGCCUGCUGGCGGCUCACGGCGGCGAGGGCAGCGACCCAGACGCAGCGCCGUGCCAUGCGCUCCCGAGUGCUGCAGGAGCGUGUGCCGACAACGUCGUCCCUGAUUUUAGCGCCGAGCUCCGCGACUUCCCCGCUCACUCCGUCUUCAGAAAUGUGCUCCCUGCGGACUGCGUCAAGAAGAAUCUUCCAAAGCUCAUGUUCAGAGACCUUCAAAAGCAGCAGCGGAGUGCCGAAUUUAUUGCUAAUUUUGUCAACUUCAAAGUCGUGCAAUUUCGGGAUUUAGGCGAAAUUUACAUGGGGUGGGUGAAGCCUGUGCCGCUUGCUAACAAGGACACUUUGCAAGCAGACAAAGCCACCUAUGAGGGACAGGCUUCCGAUAAAAAGAUCAAAAAGGAGGACACUGUGGUGAGCAUAACUGAAGAGGGUCAUAAGGCCUCUAAUUUAAAAGAUGUUCCUGAUGACACAUGUGUGGAGGCAGUACCUGUCUAUGAAGAUCAGGUUUCCACUGGUACUUACGCAACUAAUACAAAGGAAACCUCCAUCAAUGUCGGUAACAUUGAUCACGAGCCUUCUUCUUCAAAUAAGUCAGGUGAAACUUCACAAUUGGCUAUCCAAGAAGGUUCGCUCGAAUCUAGUGCCAGCGGUGUUACGGCCGAGUGUAACGAUCAGGAGAAUUAUUGGCAAUGGCUCGCUGAUGAGCACGGGAAUGCCAUCUUCUUGUCAGCCCCACCAAGAUGCGUCUUGCUUCCUAUCACUGCCGAUCAGGCAAGACUGGGAGAAGAACGAUGUCCUGUUAUUUCUGUGGCCAACAAGAAUAGAAUCAACAGAGAUUUGAAAAUUGAAAGUGUCGCAAAGAGAAGGAAACUCGGACCGAAAUUGAUACGAGAGCCAAAUGAUAAGGUAUUAAAAGAGGUGCAGGCCAAGCAAUGCUACCGCAAUGUUGUUGAGUCGGUAUUGUCAUACGAGAGACCUGUCAGAUCAACAAAACUUAACGCUCUUCGUAAGAUACAACAAACUCUGAACCGCAUGGAAAUGACGGGAACCGAUUUGCAAGAGGAUCAUUGUUCAUACGUAGAUAAUAAGAAAAGGACGCAGUAUGAAACGUCACAAUGUGUAUCUCGAGCUAAAGACAAUGCAGGUGAUGAAAAAAUGAAAGCAAUAAAAAGUACUAGAAAAAGGUCGAUCUGCUCCACAUCAGAAUUUAGUGGAAAUUUAGGUUCAAGGAAUGUAGAUCAUAACCUGGAGUCACAGAAAAAAAGGCUUGCAUUAAGAAAUCAUAGAGAAUUAUCUGAUGAAGAAAAUUCGCCGAAGUUCAGCGGGCGUCAAUUAACCAGAAAAAGGGUCCGUGUUAUUUGUGAUUCAGACUCAGAUGAUGAGAAUCAGGAUGGAGGUCACAGCAGUGUUCAUGGAGAAACUCCUAAUGACCGAAUAGUGUCCGCCAGCAAUCAGGACGGAGCUUCUGUUUCGGAAAAUUCAAGCGUACCUCAAAGCUCUAACUCAGUUGACAAAAAGAAAGAAGUUAAUUCCUGCUGUCGUGGGAACAUCUCAAAUAGACCUACUAAUAUCAUUGAACCCUCCAACAUUACUGUCCACGAGUCAAGCGCAUCCUAUUGCACCCUGAACUCCCAGGAUAAUGAAUCUGACUCAAGAUUGGACAUCAAUGCCAUGUUGUCCCAGGUUGACCCCAUAGUGGCGCAAUUACUGUGCGCUCUGUGUGAUUCUCAUGAAAAUUCACUGAAGAAUGCUUCUCCAUCUGGCGAAAAUAUGGCAAUUAUGGACGCUUUUCAAAACUGGGGUGGCCAGAAUGGCAUCAAAGCUGCGGUUGAUCGAAAUAGAUCUUUGCAGCUCAUUAGGCUGAAGUGUGCCUCGUAUCACCAAGGACUUCGUCUCCAUAGUCACCAUUUGUAUAAGUCUUUUGGCGCAGCUAACGCUUUGCUGAAAGAUCACCAUUUUGAACUGAACAGAAAAAUUCACAGCUUGUACCUAGAGAAAUUGAAAAUAAUUUCAAGUCAACAAGCUGCUCUAAGAUUAUUCAUGACCAGGUAUGGUGUUCGCAAACCAGAUUUUUGUUGCAAGAAACCUUCUCAAGCAGCGUUGGAUUAUUUGGUGAACAUGAUAUUUUGCCAGAACAAUGCUCUUAAGUUAGUGGAGCUCAAGAUGCAAUCUAGCGUUAGAAAGCUGUCGCAUUUGCUCCCGUCGAUCAGACGGAUGUCCGGCCCCCUCCGCGCAACACCUGCACCGUUAUUCGAAGUGCUAGGCAGAAAGCUCGUUCAGCCGUGCUCGGCAACUUCAACUGCUUCUGUGUCCAGUUCGGUGCCGCCAAAAAAACGUCCUGUAACCUCUUCAGCUUAUGCAAAAUAUUCAUCCCCCUCUCCAUCUGAAGGCUUGCCGAGUUUUUCUUCUGGUUUGAAGUCCGUGGUAUCACGUUUUUCCUGUACUGCACCAAUAACAAGUACCACCAUUGAGCAACGAGGAACUUCUCAAUAUUCGAAUUCAGUUUGCCUGCCUGUUGCUGAUGCAGCCAAGAAACAUGAAGAUACCAAGACUCUUAAAGUUGCCCAAAAGCUUGAAGCCGUCAAGAACCUUGAAACCAUCAAGAACCUUGAAGCCACCAAGAACCUUAAAGCCACCAAGAACCUUGAAGUCACCAAGAACCUUGAAGUCGCCAAGAACCUUAAAGCCACCAAGAACCUUGAAGCCUCCAAGAACCUUGAAGUCGCCAAGAACCUUGAAGUCGCCAAGAACCUUAAAGCCACCAAGAACCGUGAAGCCUCCAAGAACCUUGAAGUCGCCAAGAACCUUGAAGCUGUCAAGAACCUUGAAGUCGCCAAGAACCUUGAAGUUGCCAAGAACCUUGAAGUCGCCAAGAACCUGGAAGCCACCAAGAACCUGGAAGCCACCAAGAACCUUGAAGUCGCCAAGAACCUGGAAGCCACCAAGAACCUUGAAGCCGCACAGAAACAUGAAGCAGCUAAUUUUGAUGGUGCGCUUGUCUCGAUACUUAGAAAACGACUUGAACAAAUGUCGACUUACGCCAAUAAGGCUAUUCAACCUGAAUCAACAUCGCGAAGCUAUAGUUUUUACCGACGCUGCGAUUCACCAAAAAGCGACCCUUCAGUUGGUCUCCUUAGUGAUGCUAACAAAGCUCCUAUUCCAUCGACCUCGUCUGUCGCUGGCGCUUCCAAAUCUUACAGUGUGCCUCGACUCACAACAUUGAAGGAAGUACCGAUGAAAAACACUGGGUAUUGUAAUACUUUGCAUACCCCUGAGCUGCCAUUACCUAAUUUUAACCCUGGGCCCAUUGCUGUCAAGCCACCUGUUGGGCGCCCAGAACAAAGCCUCAACCCUGUUGGUAACUCAGGAAUGCGGCAUAAUAUUCAGGUUGAUGUUGAUCAAGCUCCUGAAUCAAUUAAGUUGAAGAUGGAUAAGUUGAUGGUCAACAACAACAUGGAUAAACCUGCCUCAACACUAAAUUCGAAUGGUGAUCCGGUUCAUCCUCAAAUUCGUUCUUUAUCAGUUACUGUGCCUAGACCUUCUAUUAUGACACCUCGAUAUCGACCAAUUGUAGUGUUGGUGCCUACAACAGAGCCCGAAAAUGUUGCUCCUGCUAUUUUUGCUGGUACUUCAUGUUCAACGAAUAACGUGCACAAAGACAUGUAUUUUUCAUCUCCGUAUUCUGCUCAGCCAGGAGGUCUCGGUGCUCUUCAUCAUAAUCAAGUGAAUAAUUCUUCUGCCUCGUUACUCAGUAGACCUGAUGUCAACCAGGAUGCUGGGGUUCACGCCAUUAGCCAGCCGCCUUCGAGGAAUAUCCCAAAUGAUAUUUAUUGCGCUGGACCGCAUUUAUUGUCUGCUCCCACUUCUAACCAUACUGUUUCAAUGGAACUCACUCCGUUAUCAUCAAAUUCUGUUAGCCCAGGAGGUCAAUUUGGAAGUUUAAACUCUCCCUCCUCAUCAUCAUCUGUUAUUGUAAACAGUCCAAAAUAUGUGUCACCUCAAAGGGACUCAGGCCCUACAAGAUUUCAUGGGAGUGUUAGGCCUGUUCCUGGAGGGACUAAUUGUCCUGUUACUCUAAAUGAAUGUCGCAAAAAUCUUUUUGAGCCUCGUUCAGCAGUAAGUGAGUUCCCUGUUAGUCUCGGUGAAACUUGCGGAAAUCACGUUGGAAUUCCCUCUACAGCAUUUAAUAAUCCCGGAGCCAUUAUUGUUGAAAAUUACGCUCGUGUUGGUGAAGAAACAAUACUUGGCGUCGUUUCUGGUCGAUCACCAACUUUUAAACCUGAGCAGCGUACCCAUGCUUCAAUAUCAAACAAUGACUUCAAUAUCAACGAUUCUGCCAGAAAAGUAUCAGUCCAAAACCAAUUUUAUGUUGACUUGUCAAAAAGUAUUGACAAGUCCAGGGAAAACAACACAACUCUUUUGCACGCUGACCCUCUAGCUCUUUCUUAUGAAAAAACUGCUGAGAGAAAUCACCCGAGUGGAAAUUCAUUAACUCGCAAUGAUUUGAAAUUGGUUUCGAAUCGCAUCAUGCCACAACCUUUCAUUCCUCGUGUUAAUCCUUCUCAUUCUAUCUUUGGAACUCAGGAAUCGAUAUCUCCAUUCCAUUCUAUGUCUACAAGCAAACAUGUAACACAAGGUACUGGUAACUUUGAUGUUACGCGCCAAUCCACUUCAAAUCUCGAACUAAUGAAGCCCAGCCAAACCUCCACUCGAUCAUCACAUGUGGCUGUUGUGGACUUGAUUGCUUCCGAUUCUGAAGAUGCUGAAAACGAUUUGCCCGACAUCGCUUCUUCGAAUUUUUGUUUUGAAGCUGAAAAGCCUAACAAUAAAUUUGAAUCGACUCUUUUAGCAGAAAACAAAGGAUCGCCGUCCAACGCAGUGAAACCUAAUAAUCGUGAUUCAACGAGUUCCAAAAACAAUGAAGCUGAUUCUAAUAUUCACACUGCACAUGAUGAGGAAGAAGAUCCAUUUUCAGAAAUAGUUUGGCUGGGCAAUGUAAAUGAUAGCAAACCUCUUGAUGAAAUCUACUCUAAACGAGGAAAACCACUUAAAUCUACGCGCCAACGACUCACAAGCCCGUCCAAGCCACUCAAAUCAACGCGCCAACAAAUCACAAAAUCGUCCAAGCCUGAAGUCGACAACCUUCCCAAGGCAUCUUCAGUGUUAGCAAUCACCUCUAAAAAAGCUACUGCUAGGAAAAGUUCCGCAAUGCGUACCAAACUUUUGCGUCAAACAUUGCAAGAAAAUAGAAACGAUUUCUGCGGAGAAAUAAAUUCUGAGCUGUCGCCUGAGCUCAUUGUGCCUAAUUCGAUUGCAGCUGUCCCUGCGAUGGUUGCACCUCCUAUGUCUAAUUCAAAUGAGGGUAAUCAAGAUAUAUUUUCGGAGCCGUCAUCUGAGGUCAUUGUGCCUAGUUCGAUUUCAGCUGUCCCUGCGUUGGUUGCACCUCUUAUGUCUAAUUCAAACGAGGUCAAUCAAGAUAUGUUUUCCAAUAGGCUCCUUGAAGCCGCGCGCACUUCGAAUCCAAUUGGACUGAGCAGGCAGCCAACUUUGUCAAGUUCUUCUUCCACCCAAAAUUUAUUCGUGAGGCCCCCUGUUGAUGUGGAGAAUUUUGAAAGUAUUAUUGGGCUACUUGCUUUCCCCCCAGUAACUAUUUAUCCUAAACGUCGAACUUCGUUCGUUUACAUAUGCUAUUCGCGCCCUCUCCUUCAAACAACGAAUAAGAAUCUAUCGGUUCCCAAGAACGGCUGGGAGUCAGCUUUUCCUGUUGCAAUUGCACCUCCGCAACCUCUUUUAUAUGGAAAUUCAUAUGUACUUCGAGACUCUGACUACCCAUCAGUUCCAACUGAGAUGACUGGCAAUAAUCCAAGUACUUCUUUCAAUCGAACACCAGUGUGCUUGAAUGUGCCUUCGAAGGAUGCUUUUAAUCAGAUGGAUUCUACUAGCCAGUUUAUCCAUUCAGUACCAAAUGCUUCCUUUUUGCCUAAUCACUCUCUUCCUCCACUCAACACUCCGAACCACUCAGCACCAUGUUUAAAUCCUCCCGGUCAAGCUGUUGGAGAGCUUAAUGCGUCUCCUAGAUUAUUUCUUCCUACUCGUCCCACUGGCGGGGCAUUGCCGCAGCCUUACCAGCAGACGCCCAGAACCCCACCUCCGACAUAUGCUAGCCACAUGUUGCAGCUAAACAUUCAACCUAAAUUCGGAAAUAUUCCUCAAGCGCGCAUGCAGACUUCGGCGCAACAGCAUAACGCUCUCAGUGGUAGUGCAUCUGGUGUUCGACUCCCAGCUACCGCAUCAACUAAUCAUAUUCAGUCUAAUUCUUACGGAAUGAAUGUUCACCAUGGGAAUAAUGUUGCCAGCGGUUGUGCAUCUGGUGUCCGUGUCCCAGCUAGCGCAUCCAAGAAUAAUGUUCAAUCUACUUCUUACGGAAUGAAUGUUCACCACGGAAAUAAUGUUGCCAGCAAUAGUGCAUCUGGUGUUCGUGUCUCGGCUACUGCAUCCACGCAUCAUGUUCAGUCUUAUCCUUACGGAAGGAAUAUCCACCAUAGCAAAGAAAACUGAAAGUGACAUCGAAUCUACUGCGGCCACCUAAUCCGCUGCUCACUCUUAUAUGGAAAGAGCGUUGAUCGUCCGGCUUCAACAAUUUAUUUAUGUGAAUUUAUACAGAAAGAUAGAAAUACUCUGCACCAAUUUUCGUAAAAGAUUCUCAUCUCGUUGCUUAGAAAACGGUCACCUCAACUAUGAAAUUAAAGCGCCUGGAACGCAUUGCUGGUUUUGAUGGUGUUGAACUGCUUUUUAUUGUCACCAACUGAUUAACUUAGCCUGUAACCUGAAUUUUUGACAACGUCGGGUAAAAUUGUUUUUAAAAUUUUAGGCUACUUGGUUAUCGAUUUAUUAACGAGCUAGUGGAUAGUCAAUUGCCUACAACUGGUAAACUUUCUAGUUUCGAUUUAUUUUAAAGCAUUGAUAGGAAUGUUUCUUUAAAACUGGGCUGCAUUGUCAUCAGUGGAUUGACGAGCCAGUGGAUUGAUUUUCAAUUUCUGGAAUGGACGUUUCUAUUAACUAUGGCUGAGGUUCCACCUAGCAGAGAAAUUAAGUUGUAUUUAAUUUUGUGCACUUUAGGAUUUUGUUUUGAGUUUAGUUUUUUGUGAACUAUGAUUUAAGAAUAUUUCGUAGCUAUUAGCGGAUGGUACAUUCUUACUUUGACACGUCUGUCUAAUUGAUACUGCGAUGUUGCAACAUGGAAUAUGUUAAACUGUUGAUUAGUUAGCCUCUAUGUUAGGUAAUUGCGCCAGUAUCCGAAUGCAAUCACGUCACACGUAAGUGUUAAUAAAUCUCGCACUCAUUUUAAGUCCUGAAUACAAUUUUCAACUGUGGGAAGCACAUCCUCCCGCCGAUAUUCAUCUCAUAUGAAUGCUAACGAAUUUCGCACCCAGUUUGCGUCUUGAAUUCAUUUUCAAUUCUGGGAACUCAGUGGGAAGCACACCUCUUUUAAAGCAUGGCUCGGCCAGCCGAUAUACGUCGUUACUUGAGGCGAGAUGAAGAUCUGAUAAUCAAUACCGGUGUUGACGACGCUGAGAAGUCUCUUAUAUUCAUAAUCCAACAGAAUUGAUGUUACAUCAUUAGAUGAAUGUCCUGUGUAAAAUUCUGUUCCUAGUUAUGUGAUGUUAUGCGUCGCACUACCGCAGUCAUUAUCACCGUGCCCAGCUGUGUUGUAGUGGAUCUGUGCUGCCAUUUUUCGCUUGCUCAUUCCAAAGCGUUGUAUUUUCGCCGAAUGUAUGAGUAUUUUAUUGCUAUGGAAUACAUAUGGGUUGCAAAAUCCAAGUGUUGAAACAGUCAAUAGAUCUGAUUCAAUGUCUGUGCUCUUAUUUAUUACGAAGCUUCAUCAAGGAAUAUUUUUGAAGCAGAUCUGGUAACUCUUUCUUUUCUCUUGAAACUUUACUAAAUACCUAAAAACAGA